AUGGCGGGUCAGCAGGUGAGUGUGCGCGGAGGAACAGGGUGGUGGUCAGUGCCCGUGUGUCGGGAGGUGAGUGUGCGCGGAGGACCAGGGUGGUGGUCAGUCCCCGGGGGUCAGGAGAUGAUUGUGCACGAAGGACCAGGGUGGUGGUCAGUCCCCGGGGGUCGGGAGGUGAGUGUGGUCGGAGGACCAGGGGAACACAGAAAAAUUCACACAGGGGAGACACCUUAUAAAUGUACAGAGUGUGGGAAAACAUUUUCUCAGUCAGGUAGUCUCAGUUCACAUAGAGCAGUUCACACACAAGAGAGAUCUUAUGAAUGUCAGGACCAUGAGAAAACAUUUUCGCACCAGUCACGUGUCCUCACUGAACAUAAAAGAGUUCACACAGGAAAGACGCCUUACGAAUGUCAGGAGUGUCAGAAAACAUUUUCACAUUCAAGUCAGCUCACGUUACAUAGAAGAAUUCACUCUGGAGAGAGACCUUACGAAUGUCAGUAUUGUGGGAAAACAUUUUCACAAUCAAGUCACCUCACGUUACAUAGAAGAAUUCACACUGGAGAAAGACCUUACGAAUGUCAGGAAUGUGGGAAAGCUUUUUUACAUUCAGGUGCCCUCACUAUACAUAGAAGAAUUCACACAGGAGAGAGACCUUACGUAUGCCAGGCAUGUGGGAAAGCCUUUUCAGAUUCAGGUGCCCUCACUGUACAUAGAAGAGUCCACACAGGAGAGAGACCUUAUGAAUGUCAGGACUGUGGGAAAACUUUUUCACAAUCAAGUCAGGUCACGUUACAUAGAAGAAUUCACACAGGAGAGAGACCUUACAAAUGUCAGGAAUGUGGGAAAGCUUUUGCAGAAUCAAGUGCCCUCACUGUCCAUAGAAGAGUCCACACAGGAGAGAGACCUUACGAAUGUCAGGACUGUGGGAAAACAUUUUCAUAUUCAAGUCAGCUCACGUUACAUAGAAGAGUCCACACAGGAGAGAGACCUUACGAAUGUCAGGACUGUGGGAAAGGUUUUUCAGAUUCAGGAGCCCUCACUGUACAUAGAAGAGUCCACACAGGAGAGAGACCACAUGCAUGUCAGGACUGUGGGAAAACAUUUUCACAGUCAAGUCAGCUGAAGAUACAUAGAAGAAUUCACACUGGAGAGAAACCUUACGAAUGUCAGGACUGUGGGAAAACAUUUUCACAGUCAAGUCACCUCAAGUUACAUAGAAGAGUUCACACAGGAGAGAAACCUUAUGAAUGUCAGGAAUGUGGGAAAGCUUUUUCAGAUUCAGGUGUGCUCACUGUACACAGAAGAGUCCACACGGGAGAGAGACCUUACAAAUGUCAGGAAUGUGGGAAAACAUUUUCUCGAUCAAGUAAUCUCACCGUACAUAGAAGAAUUCACUCAGGAGAGAGACCGUAG